CUGCGCGGGGCCAUUCUUCGCGGCAGCGCGCUCCUCGUCCUCGUCCGUCAGCAGCCAUGGCCGGCCGGGGGAAGCUGAUCGCGGUGCUGGGCGACGAGGACACCGUGACCGGGUUCCUGCUGGGCGGCGUCGGCGAGCUCGACAAGCACCGCCGCCCCAACUUCCUGGUGGUGGAGAAGGAGACGGCGCUGGCCGAGAUCGAGGACGCUUUCCGGAGCUUCCUGUGCCGCGACGACAUUGGCAUCGUCCUCAUCAACCAGUACAUUGCGGAGAUGAUCCGGCACGCCAUCGACGCCCACACUAAGUCCAUCCCGGCGGUUCUGGAAAUCCCCUCUAAGGAGCACCCUUACGAUGCCUCCAAGGACUCGAUCCUGCGCCGCGCCAAGGGAAUGUUCUCCGCUGAGGACCUGCGGUAGACCGGCUGCUCCUCCAGCAUCAACUCUUCCAUCAAGAGCCUUCCCCUCCUCUCCUGUUGCUCCAGCACAUUUACCACCAUUCAGACCCUUCCUCUCCCUGCCCAGGGGAUGUCCCUGUGGUCCCCUACAUUCCCGCUGUUUGGAAUUUCUAGCUCUAGUGUGUCUGCGAUAUUUUGGGAGCUGGGAGGGUGGGGACAGCUGGGAGCUAAUGUUGCAUUUUCUGCUGCAGUGGGAGUGCUGCCACUACUUCCUUUCCCCCCCUUAGCUGGAGCUGUGUUCGAGUUCCCUUGCGGGCUGUAAUUUACCAGGGAGCUUCUCCAUAUACUCCUGUGGCCCUUUCUCCUACCCCACAAAAGGGGGUCCCAAGGUAUAUUUCUCAGCAGAACGAUUUGGGAUCUUUUGAGGGCCCGACAUUUCCUUGUCCUUCAGGACUAAAGUCCUGGUCCCUGGUUGUUGAUGCAGCAAUACACUUACAACCCAAAUCUACACACACACACACACACACACUCCUAUCUGUGAAGUGCAAACCGGUGAUCUUUAAUUAAACUGAAAGGCAGAACGUGCAAUUCUCUGCAAUUUGCGUCUCGAGGAUGCAUGCAGGAGAAAAUGUCACGAUACCUCGUCAGAGGCGGUGUCGCGCCGGGAAAAAUUUCUGCCGCUUUCAUUCUGCCGUCCUCUGUCAGACCUCUCUGUAGCCCUCAAUUUGCACAAAUAUUCUCCACUGAAUACCGCUUGUUUCUUGCAAAAGUCCUGCCUGAGGUGAGUCUCAGAGAGAAAAUAGACACCCAGCCGUAUUCUUCUGUGCUUUUCCAUGUUUAUGACUUGUGCUGUUUGUUUUGUUCUGAAUAUAAGAUAUAUGUGAUCUUUAAUAAUAGCUAAUCGUAGUUAUUAUUUUUGUGAUUCCUUGUGAAUGAACCUGUUAAAUUGAGGGGAGGAACUUAAGGAGUGGACUCAAUAAAAACUGUCUGUGAAUCACUA